GGGAUGCUGCAGGUGUUCGCAUGCAGUUUCUUAGCUCUGUACGCGGUUGGAGUGAGAGCUCAAGAACCCGAGUUCAGUUACGGCUGUGCGGAGGGCAGCUGCUACCCCGCCACCGGCGACCUUCUCAUCGGCCGCUCGCAGAAGCUCUCGGUGACCUCUACGUGCGGGCUGCACAAGCCCGAGCCCUACUGUAUUGUCAGCCACCUCCAGGAGGACAAAAAAUGCUUCAUAUGCAAUUCACAAGAUCCUUAUCAUGAAACACUCAAUCCCGAAAGUCAUCUCAUUGAAAAUGUGGUCACUACAUUUGCUCCAAACCGCCUAAAGAUUUGGUGGCAAUCUGAAAAUGGUGUGGAAAAUGUAACUAUCCAACUGGACUUGGAAGCUGAGUUCCAUUUUACUCAUCUCAUAAUGACUUUCAAGACAUUCCGCCCUGCUGCUAUGCUGAUUGAACGAUCAUCUGACUUUGGGACCACCUGGGGUGUGUACAGAUAUUUUGCCUAUGACUGUGAGAGCUCAUUUCCAGGCAUUUCAACUGGACCUAUGAAAAAAGUCGAUGAUAUAAUUUGUGAUUCCCGAUAUUCUGAUAUUGAGCCCUCAACGGAAGGAGAGGUGAUAUUUCGUGUUUUAGACCCUGCCUUCAAAAUAGAAGAUCCUUAUAGCCCAAGGAUACAGAACCUCCUAAAAAUUACCAACCUGAGAAUCAAGUUUGUGAAACUGCAUACUUUGGGAGACAAUCUUUUGGAUUCCAGAAUGGAAAUCAGAGAGAAGUACUAUUAUGCUGUUUAUGAUAUGGUUGUGCGAGGAAAUUGCUUCUGCUACGGCCAUGCUAGUGAAUGUGCCCCUGUGCAUGGAUUUGAUGAAGAAGUUGAAGGAAUGGUCCAUGGACAUUGCAUGUGCAGGCAUAAUACCAAGGGCUUGAACUGUGAACAGUGCAUGGACUUUUAUCAUGAUUUACCCUGGAGACCUGCUGAAGGUCGAAACAGCAAUGCCUGCAAAAAGUGUAACUGCAAUGGACACUCCAGUUCAUGCCACUUUGACAUCGCAGUGUACUUAGCCACGGGAAAUGUUAGUGGAGGCGUAUGUGAUGACUGUCAGCACAACACAAUGGGACGCAACUGUGAGCAGUGCAAACCCUUUUAUUAUCAGCACCCACAAAGAGACAUCCGGGACCCAAAUCUCUGUGAACCAUGUACCUGUGACCCAGCUGGUUCUCAGAAUGAAGGAAUUUGUGACAGUUACACUGAUUUUUCUACUGGUCUCAUUGCUGGCCAAUGUCGCUGUAAAUUAUAUGUGGAAGGAGAACAGUGUGAAGUUUGCAAAGAAGGCUUUUAUGACUUAAGUGCUGACAAUCCAUAUGGUUGUAAAUCGUGUGCUUGCAAUCCUCUGGGAACAACUCCUGGUGGGAAUCCUUGUGAUUCGGAGACUGGCUAUUGCUACUGUAAGCGUUUGGUGACAGGACAGCAUUGUGAUCAGUGUCUGCCAGAGCAUUGGGGCUUAAGCAAUGAUUUGGAUGGAUGUCGACCUUGUGACUGUGACCUUGGGGGAGCCUUGAAUAAUAGCUGCUCUGCAGAAACUGGCCAGUGCUCCUGCCGACCCCACAUGAUUGGGCGUCAGUGCAAUGAAGUGGAAUCUGGUUAUUAUUUUAUAAACUUGGACCACUACAUCUAUGAAGCUGAAGAAGGCAUCUUUGGACCUGGUGUCAGUGUAGUGGAGCGGCAAUAUAUCCAGGACAGGAUUCCUUCCUGGACUGGGGCAGGUUUUGUUCGAGUGCCUGAAGGAGCCUACUUGGAGUUUUUCAUUGACAACAUACCUUAUUCCAUGGAGUAUGAGAUUCUGAUUCGCUAUGAACCACAGCUUCCUGACUAUUGGGAAAAAGCUGUCAUCACAGUGCAGAGACCUGGAAAGAUCCCAACCAGCAGUCGAUGUGGUAAUACUGUUCCUGAUGAUGACAACCAGGUGGUGUCUCUCUCACCUGGCUCUAGGUAUGUGGUUCUUCCUCGCCCUGUAUGCUUCGAGAAAGGUGUGAACUACACAGUGAGGUUAGAGCUGCCCCAGUACACCUCCUAUGAUAGUGACCUGGAGAGCCCCUACACGCUGAUUGACUCACUUGUUCUCAUGCCAUUCUGCCAAUCGCUUGAUAUCUUCACGGUGGGAGCUUCAGGAGAUGGGUUAGUCACCAACAGCGCCUGGGAGACCUUCCAGAGAUACCGAUGUUUAGAAAACAGCAGAAGCGUGGUGAAAACACCGAUGACUGAUGUUUGCAGAGACAUCAUCUUUAGCAUUUCUGCACUCAUACAUCAGACAGGCCUGGCCUGUGAGUGCAACCCUCAGGGCUCCCUGAGCUCCGUCUGUGACCCCAAUGGAGGCCAGUGCCAAUGCCGGCCCAAUGUGGUGGGAAGAACCUGUGACAGGUGUGCUCCUGGCACGUUUGGAUUCGGCCCCAGUGGAUGCAGACCUUGUGAGUGUGAUCUGCAAGGAUCUGUCAGUGCCUUUUGCGAUACCAUCACUGGCCAGUGCCAGUGUUUCCACGGUAUAUACGCACGACAGUGUGAUCGGUGUUUACCAGGCUACUGGGGCUUUCCAAGCUGCCAGCCCUGCCAGUGUAAUGGCCAUGCUGAGGACUGCGACUUUGUGACAGGGCAGUGCUUGAGCUGCCAGGACUAUACCACGGGCCAUAACUGUGAAAGAUGCCUGCCUGGUUACUAUGGUGAUCCCAUCAUUGGAUCAGGAGAUCACUGCCGACCCUGUCCUUGCCCAGAUGGUCCUGAGAGUGGACGCCAGUUUGCCAAUAGCUGUUAUCAAGAUCCUAUUACUCUCCAGCUCACGUGUGUUUGUAAUCCAGGAUACAUUGGCACCAGAUGUGAGAAUUGUGCCCCUGGCCACUUCGGCAGCCCUUCUGAGGUGGGCGGUACAUGCCAGCCUUGCCACUGUCACCACAAUAUUGAUAUGACAGACCCAGGAGCCUGUGACAAGGAAACGGGGCGUUGCCUCAAGUGCCUGCACCACACGGAAGGGGAGCACUGCCAGCACUGUCGCCUGGGAUAUUAUGGGGAUGCCCUCCAGCAAGACUGUCGAAAGUGUGUCUGUAACUACCUGGGUACUGUGCAGGAGCACUGUAAUGGCUCCGACUGCCAGUGUGACAAGACUACAGGGCAAUGCUUAUGUCUUCCCAACGUCAUCGGACAGAACUGUGACCGCUGUGCCCCCAACACGUGGCAGCUGGCCAGCGGAAAAGGCUGUGAACUUUGCGAAUGUGAUGCUACUCGUUCCUUCGGACCAUCUUGUAAUGAGUUCACAGGACAGUGCCACUGCAUGCCUGGCUUUGGAGGCCGUACCUGCAGCGAAUGCCAGGAGCUCUUCUGGGGAGAUCCCAACGUGGAGUGCCGAGCCUGUGACUGUGAUGCCAGGGGCAUUGAGACACCACAGUGUGACCAGUCCACGGGCCAUUGUGUCUGCAUUGAGGGUGUUGAAGGUCUGCGCUGUGACAAAUGCACUCGAGGAUACUCGGGUGUCUUCCCAGACUGCACUCCCUGCCACCAGUGCUUCGCUUUGUGGGAUACAAUCGUCUCUGAAUUGACCAACAGGACCCAGAAAUUUCUAGAGAAAGCCAAGGCCUUAAAGAUCAGCGGAGUCAUCGGGCCUUACCGGGAGACCGUGGACUCAAUAGAGAAGAAAGUCAGUGAGAUUAAAUACAUCCUGGAUCAAAGCCCUGCCACAGAGCCGCUGAAAAACAUUGGGGCUCUCUUUGAGGAAGCAGAGAAAUUAACCAAAGACGUUACUGAAAAAAUGACUCAAGUAGAAGAGAAAUUAUCUGACACAGCUUCACAAAGCAACAACACAGCCAAAGAACUAGCUGCUCUACAGACAGAAGCAGAAAAUCUGGAUCGUACAGUGAAGGAGCUUGGUGAUCAAUUGGAAUUUAUCAAAAACUCAGAUAUCCGAGGUGCCCUAGACAGCAUCACCAAGUAUUUCCAGAUGUCUCUGGAGGCUGAGCAGCGGGUGAAUGCCUCCACCACUGACCCUGGCAGCACCGUGGAACAGUCAGCUCUCAUUCGAGACCAAGUAGAAGACUUGAUGUUGGAACGAGAGUCCCAAUUUAGGGAGAAACAAGAAGAACAGGCCCGACUUCUGGAUGAACUGGCAGGCAAACUACAGAGUUUAGACCUAUCAGCUGCUGCAGAACUGACCUGUGGAACGCCUCCAGGAGCCUCCUGUUCUGAGACUGAAUGUGGCGGCCCAAACUGCAGAACUGAUGAAGGACAGAAGAAAUGUGGAGGGCCCGGCUGUGGUGGUCUCGUCGAUAUUGCACAUUCUGCCUGGCAGAAAGCCAUGGACUUCGACCAAGAUGUCCUGAGUGCUCUGGCUGAGGUGGAGCAGCUCUCCAAGAUGGUCACCGAAGCAAAACUUAGGGCAGAUGAAGCAAAACAGAAUGCACAAGAUGUUCUGUUGAAAACCAAUGCUACCAAAGAAAAAGUAGACAGGAGUAAUGAGGAGCUGAGAAAUCUGAUCAAGCAAAUCAGAAACUUUUUGACUGAAGACAGCGCUGAUUUGGACAGCAUUGAAGCCGUUGCUAAUGAAGUGUUGAAAAUGGAAAUGCCUAGCACCCCAGAGCAGUUACAGAACUUGACAGACGACAUCCGGGAAAGAGUGGAAAGCCUUUCUCAAGUCGAAGUUAUUCUGCAACAAAGUGCUGCCGACAUUGCCAGAGCGGAGAUGUUGUUAGGAGAAGCUAAAAAAGCCAGCAAAAGUGCAACAGAUGUAAAAGUCACUGCAGACAUGGUAAAGGAAGCUCUGGAAGAAGCAGAAAAGGCCCAAAUUGCAGCAGAGAAGGCAAUUAAACAAGCAGACGAGGACAUCCAGGGGACACAGAAUCUGCUAACUUCGAUUGAAUCAGAAACCGCAGCAUCUGAAGAAACUCUGUUCAAUGCCUCCCAACGCAUCAAUGAGUUAGAGAGGAAUGUGGAAGAACUUAAGCGGAAAGCUGCUCAGAACUCUGGAGAGGCAGAGUAUAUUGAAAAAGUAGUAUAUACUGUGAAGCAAAGUGCAGAUGAGGUGAAGAAGUCUCUGGAUGGCGAACUUGAUGAAAAAUAUAAGAAAGUAGAAAACUUAAUUGCCCAAAAAACUGAAGAGUCAGCUGAUGCCAGAAGGAAAGCUGAAAUGCUACAGAAUGAAGCAAAGACACUUUUAGCUCAAGCAAACAGCAAACUACAACUGCUACAAGAGUUAGAAAGAAAAUAUGAGGACAAUCAAAAAUAUUUAGAAGACAAAGCUCAAGAACUAGUACGAUUGGAAGGAGAAGUUCGUACACUCCUGGCGGAGAUAAGCCAUAAAGUUGGUGUUUAUAGCACCUGCUUGUAACAAACAAAGAAGUCAUUAUAUAUGACAGUGAGGUAACCAAAAUAAAAUGGCCACAUUUUAAUAACUGACUUGGUGAUUUUCAAAUAAGAUUCAUUACCUAUUUAAUAUUUUAAUCACAUUUUGUAUGGAAUUAAAUAAAAGACAAUGCUUUUCUAUAA